AUGAACUCCGCGGAGCUACGGCGACGUCCACCAUUACCCGGCGAUGUCUCGAACCUGAAAUCAGCGGCCGACGUUUCCGGUCCGACCCUAGAUUCGAACACUGGUCACCCUGCAGGCAAGGCUAAGUACGGCCGCUUUAGGGCGUUCCUACGUGCUGUCUCGGUCUUCGUCUAUUUCGCAAGUGGUUGUUUGUCCAUACACCUUACUCAAAUAAUCGGUUCCCCGUUAUACUACGCCAACCGCGACCUCUACUAUGCGUAUAUGUCCUUGACGAAGGCAUCUUUCGGCCUAUUGAUAACUACCAUGACGCAGUGGUGGGCGCCUACGGUGAUAAGAAUGAGCGGUGAUUCUUCUGUUGCCGGACAGCUUAGCUUGUCGCCUGAUGGCAGGGUCCAAUGCGCUUUUCCGGAGCGCAUGGUUAUGAUUGCGAACCACCAGAUUUAUACCGACUGGCUGUAUCUGUGGUGGGUUGGAUAUACGAACAACCCUCACAUGCACGGACACAUCUAUAUCAUCUUAAAAGAGUCUUUGAAGCGAAUUCCCAUCCUUGGACCAGGUUGCAUGUUUCUCGGCUUCAUUUUCAUGUCACGCAAGAUGGCCGUUGAUCAACCCCGUCUAGCCCACAGGCUUAGGAAGCUGAAAACGAAGCACACGGACCCUGACGGCGAAAGCUAUCUGAACCCAAUGUGGUUACUGCUUUUCCCUGAAGGGACUAAUUUAUCUUCAAACGGCCGAAUCAAAUCAGCUCAAUGGGCCGCCAAGACGGGACUGAAGGAUACGGAGCAUUUGAUGUUACCUCGAAGUACCGGCAUGUUCUUCUGCCUUAACGAACUUAAGGGGACCGUGGACUACGUGUAUGAUUGCACCGUAGCCUACGAAGGUGUUCCCCGCGGAAAAUACGGAGAAAACUAUUUUACCCUAUCGAGUACUUACUUUCAGGGACGGCCUCCUAAAUCGGUCAAUUUCUAUUGGAGGCGAUUUGCUCUAGCAGAUAUGCCUUUGGAUAACCAAGAGGAUUUCGAUAAAUGGCUUCGUGAGCGAUGGUAUGAGAAGGAUGCGCUGCUCGAGCAGUAUGUUUCUACAGGACGAUUUCCGGCAAAUGCGGCUGGGAUUAAGGGUCAUAUCGAGACGGAGGUUCGAACUCAGUAUUGGUGGGAAUUCGGCAAAAUCUUCGUCAUGCUUGGUUCGUUUGGGCUGAUAUUUAAUUUCAUUCUGAGAACUCUGCGUACCCUCGCACGUAGUUAG